AUGGAGGAGAUAAUAGUGCACAUGAUUAUCAUCGCGCCACUUACCAAGUGGCUAAUAAGCCCAAACAGAUCGUGGAAUAAAGGAAAGAGGGAAUAUGGAGUAUAUAUAGCAUUGCUAAUACUAUUUUGUGUAGGUUUAUAUGAAUUAAGGAAACCAAAUCAAAAUCUCUAUGAAAUUCUAACUUUAAAUGCAAAUGCUUCAAGAACAGAUAUACAACAAUCUUUUAGAAAACUAUCUAGAAUAUAUCAUCCUGAUAAAAAUAAAAGCCAAGAUGCAUUUGAACGUUUUAAUAAAAUUAGAGAAGCAUAUGAAAUAUUAUCAAAUGAAAAAAAAAAAUAUUUGUAUGAUAGAUUUGGUGAUUUUGGUGGUAGCGAAAUUACAAAUUUUUUUUAUAUAGAAAUUAUUAUUAUAGCUAUUUUUCAAUUUGCUAUUUCAUUUAUAUUUGGUUUCUUAUAUACAUAUGGAAAAGAUAAUGAGAAAUAUAGAAUAUUAAUUUGUCUAUAUAUUGGUCUAAAUUUCUGUAUGGAAUUAAUAUAUAGGUUUAGUCCAGAAAGCACGAAUUUUCUUUCAUUCCUUCCCAUUUUUUCUCAUUACACUCCUUUUGAAAGAAUACAUUCUCUUAAAGUCCUUGUACCCUUAGUUAUGAAUGCAAUACUACUAAUAGAUGUUUAUUUUAUUGAUGAAGAUACUGAAUUGUAUGUGUCCACAUUCUGUGAGUACGUUUUUGAAAACAACAUCAAGUGCAUUAAGAACUUCGAUGACGCUGUCCUCUUCUGUGCUCGCCUAGUUGAUGGAAAGGUAAAAAUCGCAAAUAACUACUCGUGGAGGGAGGAAGACGCGUACAGCCACAUAACAAAUAUCCAUGAGUUGGAUGAUGAGCAGAUGUACGAUAAGAAUUGCGAUAAAAAUGAUUUGUUUUAUAAAUUACUAUACAAUGUUGUUGAGACUAGUACAGAAGAUGUUGAAUUGAAGGUACCGAAAAAAGAAUUGUGUCGUCGUUUCGAUUGGUCAAGGUGGUAUACAACUACUGUUCUUGAAAAAAAUACCGCAGAUAAAGAUUUCGAAGAGGGGAACGCAACUAAGGGCAUUAUAUUCUCUUCCCUUCUAUACUUUAUUGGUCUCGUUUCUCAUUUAUUAUCCAAAUGA